AUGCUGACUCAUGCGCCAUGCUGUUUUAAGGAGCAGCUCUUCGACGAGAUCAAGACACUCGACCACGACAUUAACGUCAUUAUGGCGAAUGGGUCAACCGCAUCAGCAAUGGGUGUCGGCUGCAUCAAGUUCACCUGUGGAGAGAUCACCAAAGGCAAGAAGAACGUCAUGGUGGACAACGUGCUGUAUGUGCCCAAGCUCAAGUUCAACCUGCUUUCUCUUGCUCACCUUAUCGACGAUUACAACAUCAAGCUCGAGAUUGAUCAUGGCGCUGCAUUCCUGAAGGCAAAGAGAGGAGAUAUGUACCCACUGAUGUGA